CGUCCUCCCGUGUCCAGGUUCGUGGCGCUGCCUCUGGGCCGCCGCAUGGGCCUGCGGGAUCCCGUGAGGAGACGCGUCCGGCCGGACCCCGCGCUGGAGCGGCACUUCCUGUCCGUGGGGAGGAGGCCCGAGGAGGCGCAGCUGGUGCUCCUGGCAGCGCGGUCCGGGCUGAGCGUGCGGCAGACGCAGCGCUGGUUCCGCCGACGCCGCAACCUGGAGCGGCCGCCGCCGUCCCGGAAGUUCUGCGAGGCCUGCUGGCGGUUCCUGUUCUACCUCAGCUCGUUCCUGGCCGGACUCUCCGUGCUCUACCACGUGAGCACCCGCCGGGAGCACGGGGAGGACGGGGGAGGACGGGGGAGGAUGGGGAGCUGGGGGAGGACGGGGAGCUGA